AUGAAUGGAGUCGCCUUCUGCCUGGUCGGGAUCCCGCCCCGCCCGGAGCCCCGGCCCCCUCAGCUGCCCCUGGGCCCGAGAGAUGGGUGCUCGCCUGGACGCCCCCUCCCCUGGCAGGGGCCGCAGACCCUGCUGCUGCACAAAAGUCUCCAGGAUGGCUUUGGCUUCACCCUGCGCCACUUCAUCGUGUACCCGCCCGAGUCCGCUGUGCACUGCAGCCUGAAGGAGGAAGAGAAUGGAGGCCGAGGAGGAGGAGGACCCUCCCCCCGGCACCACCGCCUGGAGCCCAUGGAUACCAUCUUUGUCAAGAAUGUGAAGGAUGACGGCCCCGCCCACAGAGCGGGCCUGCGCACAGGAGACCGGCUGGUGAAGGUGAAUGGGGAGAGCGUCAUUGGGAAGACCUACUCCCAGGUCAUAGCUCUGAUCCAGAAUAGCGAUGAUACUCUGGAGCUCUCCAUCAUGCCCAAGGAUGAAGACAUCCUCCAGCUGGCACAUUCCCACACAUCCUACCUGAAGGGGAACGAGCCGUAUUCUGGAGAGGCCGUGUGUGUGUGUGUGUGUGUGUGAAUCUGCUACCCUCGCAAGACUUAUGCCCCGCCAGGUGUGUGUGUGUGUGUGUGUGUGAUGGUGCCUGAGCCCCUCUCAGCACUGCCCAGUGACCCCCGGAGUCCUGCCGCCUGGAGUGACCCGGGGCCCCGCGUCCCUUCUGCCGCCCGCGUGUGUGUGUGUGUGUGUGUGUGGGGGAUGAGCCAGCCCCGCUCCAGCCCUGGUGCCUGUGUGUGUGUGUGUGUGUGUGUGCGGACGCCCCGUGCCUUCCCUGAGCCUGGCGGCCGGUGUGUGUGUGUGUGUGUGUGUGGCCAGCAGGCUUUGUCACACUGGCUGUCAAACCAGGUGUGUGUGUGUGUGUGUGUGUGACGGUGCCCUGCCAUGCCCCCCCGGGCCCGCAGUGGUGUGUGUGUGUGUGUGUGUGUGGUGACUGCCCACCACCCAUGGCCCUGUUCCACCUCGUGUGUGUGUGUGUGUGUGUGUGGUCAGGAAGGCUGGCACCGAGCUCGCUCAGACGACGUGUGUGUGUGUGUGUGUGUGUGUGCCGAGGCACUGGGGCCAGGAGCACUGGUGUCACGUGUGUGUGUGUGUGUGUGUGUGGCUUCCCAGCGUCCGUCUGCCCGGACCUCUGCCUGGUGUGUGUGUGUGUGUGUGUGUGCCCAGGCCCCACCCCCACCUGGUCUCCAAGGCCUGGUGUGUGUGUGUGUGUGUGUGUGCCGGAGCUACAGUCCAUCAUUCCAGCGCCGGACUGGUGUGUGUGUGUGUGUGUGUGUGCGGGACACACCCUUUGGGGGGCUGCCCACCUUCAAGUGUGUGUGUGUGUGUGUGUGUGUCCCACCGGAGGCCUCCGAACCGCCCAGGGUUGUCCGCCCAGAACCCAGCACCCGGGCUCUGGAGCCUCCCACUGAGGAUCGUCGCGACGAGGGUGUGUGUGUGUGUGUGUGUGUGACAGGCCGCAAGGUCCAGCUGCCCCCUGCAAGACAGUGUGUGUGUGUGUGUGUGUGUGAGUCCCCAGAGCCAGAGACCAGUGGGCGAGUGGAAGUGUGUGUGUGUGUGUGUGUGUGUUUGGCCACUACUGAAGACUCUCUGGCUUCCAUCCCUUUCGGCCACCUUUAUCCACCACCCGCUCUGCUUGCAGAUGAACCCACCAGCCCCAGCAUUGACCUCCAAGCCAAGCAUGUCCCUGCCUCUGCUGUGGUCUCCAGCGCCAUGAAUUCAGCCCCCAUCCUGGGCACCAGCCCAUCCUCCCCAACCUUCACCUUUGCCCUCGGCCGCCAUUACUCCCAGGACUGCAGCAGCAUCAAGGCUGGCCGCCGUUCCUCCUACCUGCUGGCCAUCACCACAGAGCGCUCCAAGUCCUGUGACGACGGGCUCAACACCUUCCGGGAAGAGGGCAGGGCUCUGAGGCGCCUGCCAAACCGAGUACCCAGCCUGCGGAUGCUGCGAAGUUUCUUCACUGACGGGUCCUUGGACAGCUGGGGCACUUCUGAAGAUGCGGGGGCUCCCUCUAAGCGCCACUCGACCUCUGACCUCUCGGACGCAACCUUCAGCGAUAUCAGGAGAGAAGGCUGGUUGUAUUAUAAGCAGGUCCUCACCAAGAAGGGGAAGAAAGCGGGCGGCGGCCUGCGCCAGUGGAAGCGGGUGUACGCCGCGCUGCGGGCGCGCUCGCUCUCGCUGAGCAAGGAGCGGCGGGAGCCCGGGCCGGCGGCGGCGGGGGCGGCGGCGGCCGUCGCAGGUGAGGACGAGGCGGCGCCCGUCUGCAUCGGCUCCUGCCUGGUGGACAUCUCCUACAGCGAGACCAAGAGGAGGCACGUGUUCCGGCUGACCACCGCUGACUUCUGUGAAUAUCUCUUUCAGGCUGAGGACCGGGAUGACAUGCUGGGCUGGAUCAGAGCGAUCCGAGAGAACAGCAGGGCCGAGGGCGAGGACCCCGGCUGUGCCAACCAAGCUCUGAUCAGCAAGAAGCUUAAUGAUUAUCGCAAAGUAAGCCAUAGCUCUGGGCCCAAAGCUGAUUCCUCCCCCAAAAUCUCUCGUGGCCUGGGGGGCCUCAAGUCUGAGUUCCUCAAACAGAGUACUGCACGUGGCCUCAGGACUCAGGACCAGCCUGCAGGGAGCAAGGAUGACAGUGCUGCCCCUCCCAAAACCCCCUGGGGCAUCAACAUCAUCAAGAAGAACAAGAAGGCAGCCCCUAGGGCUUUUGGGGUCCGGCUGGAGGAGUGCCAGCCGGCCAUAGAGAACCAGCGGGUCCCCCUGAUCGUGGCUGCGUGCUGUCGCAUUGUGGAGGCACGGGGGCUGGAAUCCACGGGCAUUUACCGAGUGCCGGGCAACAAUGCGGUGGUGUCCAGCCUGCAGGAGCAGCUCAACCGUGGGCCCGGUGACAUCAACCCGCAGGAUGAGCGCUGGCAAGACCUCAAUGUGAUCAGCAGCCUGCUCAAGUCCUUCUUCCGAAAGCUGCCUGAGCCUCUUUUCACCGAUGACAAAUACAACGACUUCAUUGAGGCCAAUCGCAUCGAAGACUCAAGGGAGCGGAUGAAGACGCUCCGGAAGCUGAUCCGGGAUCUCCCAGGACACUACUAUGAAACGCUCAAAUUCCUCGUGGGCCAUCUGAAGACCAUUGCUGACCACUCGGAGAAAAACAAGAUGGAGCCCAGGAACCUGGCCCUGGUCUUCGGGCCGACGCUGGUGAGGACGUCUGAGGACAACAUGGCGGACAUGGUGACCCACAUGCCGGACCGCUAUAAGAUCGUGGAGACGCUGAUCCAGCACUCAGACUGGUUCUUCAGCGAUGAUGAGGACAAGGGAGAGAGAACUCCUGUGGAUGACAAGGAGCCUCAGUCAGUGCCCAACAUUGAGUACCUCCUGCCUAACAUUGGCAGGACAGUGCCCCCUGGUGACCCAGGUUCCGAUUCCACCACCUGCAGUUCAGCCAAGUCCAAGGGCUCGUGGGCCCCCAAGAAGGAGCCGUACGCCCGGGAGAUGCUGGCGAUCUCCUUCAUCUCGGCGGUCAACCGCAAGCGGAAGAAGCGGCGGGAGGCGCGGGGGCUGGGCAGCAGCACCGACGACGACUCGGAGCAGGAGGCGCACAAGCCCGAGGCGGGGGCGCCGGGGGCGCGGGACCAGCCGGAGGGGCCGCUGCCGGGCGCCACCGCCGCCGCCGCCCCCGAGGCCCCCGGCCGCCUCAGCCCCCCGGCGGCGCCGGACGAGCGGCCGGCCGCGGACACGCGCUCCAUCGUCUCGGGCUACUCCACCCUGUCCACCAUGGACCGCAGCGUGUGCUCGGGCGCGGGCGGCCGGCGGCCGGGCGCGGGGGACGAGGCGGACGACGAGCGCAGCGAGCUGAGCCACGUGGAGACGGACACGGAGGCCGGCGCGGGGCCCGGGGGGCGCCCGGCGCGCCGGCCGUCCUUCAGCUCGCACCGCCUCAUGCCCUGCGACACCCUGGCGCGCCGCCGCCUGGCGCUGCGGCUGCGCCUCCGCGGCACCGCCGACGACAUGCUGGCCGUGCGGCUGCGGCGGCCGCUGUCGCCCGAGACGCGGCGGCGCCGGAGCAGCUGGCGGCGCCACACGGUGGUGGUGCAGAGCCCGCUGACCGACCUCAACUUCAACGAGUGGAAGGAGCUGGGCGGCGGCGGCCCCCCGGAGCCCGCGGGCCCUCGGGCGCACAGCGACAACAAGGACUCGGGCCUCAGCAGCCUGGAGUCCACCAAGGCGCGGGCCCCGUCGUCCGCGGCCUCGCUGCCGCCCGGGGACCCGGGGGCCCUGCAGAGCCAGCCCCCGCGCCGCUCGGCCGCCUCCCGCCUCCACCAGUGUCUGUGA